AUGAUUAAAUUUUUAAUUUUAAUACUUGGGUUAGUUUUUGCUGGGACUCCUAACAAUCAAAAGAAAGUGCUAGUGCUAUCUGAUAAUCCAGCAAUUUAUGUUUCACAUUCGCAAUUUUUCAACUUAUUGAAUAAAUCAUUCAGAGUGGAUUAUAAAAACAUCUAAUCAAAUACAUUCAAUUUGUAGUUGUUUGGAGAGUGGCAAUACGAUCAUCUUGUAUUAUUUAGCACUACAAACGAUUUGAAAGUCAGCACCUAAGAAUUAUUGGACUUUUACGACUCUGGUAGAAAUAUUUUAUUAUUGGGAUCAACUGACCAAUCUAAGUAUUUCAGAAAGUUCUUAAAUAGUUUUGGUUUAGACAUGCAUGAAUACGGCUCGUCUGUGGUGGAUUAUUUCAAUAACAUCAAGGGGAAUCAAAAUAUUGUUACCACUAGCAAUGUGAAUAUUCUUAAAGUAGAUAAGCCCGUAGCCCAUUAAGGAGCAGGAUUAGCAAUGACCCCAUAUGAAACAUUUUAAGUGUAUGGUUUAGUGAGAGGGUCAGAAACAGCCUUUUCAGGUCCCAAUCUUAGUCAUAAUAUUAUUUAUGUUGGAGCAACUUAAGGGAGAAAUAAUGCAAGAUUUGUGGCAACAGGGUCUUGGGAAAUAUUGAGUGAUGAAUUUUUGAACAAUUCCAAUUUGGGAAACUUUGAAUUGGCUUAGGAAAUCAUUCUAUGGGGUUUUGGAUAAUCAAAGAUUUUAAAAGCAGAAAAUCUGAUUCAUAGAAGAUUAGAUUCUGAUGAUAUCAAACCUUAUAAUUAUAGAUUGAGAGAGGAUUGCUACUUCUCAAUUGACAUCUUUGAAUGGGAUCACUAAAAGGAUAAGUGGGUCCCUUAUGUUUCCACAGAUAAUGAUGUCAUUUUAGAAUUCGUAAUGUUAGACCCAUAUUACAGACUCCCCUUGAAAAAAGGAGAUGGAGCAAAGUAUGAAUUGUAGUUUAAAAUACCAGAUGUCUAUGGUGUAUUUUAAUUUAAAAUAAAUUAUUUGAAACCUGGAUAUACAUUUUUAAAAAUAGCCGAAAAAAUAACUGUACGACCGUUUAGACAUGAUGAAUAUGGAAGAUAUUUGGUUUAAGCCUUUCCGUAUUAUUUUUCGAGUUUUGGAACGAUGGCUGGAUUUGUUGUAUUUCUAAUUGCAUUUUUAUUAAAUAAAUGA